AUGGCAGAAAAUACCCUACCGGCUUCUCAGAGAAGAAUUGUCAUUCUUGGCGGCUCUUACGGCGGCGUGUCUACUGCCCAUUACCUCCUCAAACAUGCUGUUCCUCACCUACCCAAUAAAGACUCAUAUCAGGUGAUACUUGUUAGUCCCUCGAAGCAAGCAAUGUGUCGGCCCGCUUGUCCUCGUGCCUUGAUAUCAGAUGAAAUGUUCGCACAAGAUAAACUCUUCGUCAGUAUCCAGAAAGCAUUUGAGCAAUACCCCAAGGACAGUUUCAGCUUCAUCCAUGGCACAGCGACCGAGCUUGACCACAACAACCGAACAGUCUCUAUCAGUCUAUCGACCGGCAAUUCGGAGAAGCUUGACUUCUAUGCUCUUGUCAUUGCUACUGGUGCAUCGACCCCUUCUCCCCUGUUCAGCUUGAACCGGGACGAAAACUUCCUUCGGGAGAGCUGGACCGCGUUUCGCAAAGCACUGCCAAAUGCUAAGAGCAUUGUCAUAGGAGGUGGAGGUCCAGCUGGUGUUGAGACAGCCGGUGAACUGGGCGAAUUUCUCAAUGGCCGCGCGGGUUGGUUCAGUUCCAAGUUAGAGAACCCCAAGGUCUCUAUCACAGUCGUGACUGCCGCUUCGCAAAUCCUACCUCUCCUGCGUCCCUCCAUUGCGCAUAAAGCGGAGACUCUUCUUGGCAAAGUUGGCGUGACAGUCAUCAAGAAUGUCCGAAUCAAGAACGUGUUGCCAGAUGGUGCAGGAACAGACAUUGUCGCUACAAAAGCAACCGUUACACUGAAAGAUGGAAAAACACUAGACGCCGACCUCUAUAUUCCUGCGAUGGGAAUGAAGCCAAACACAAGUUUCGUCAGCGAGACGCUCCUAACCUCCGACGGCCGCGUCGAAACUAAUCCCACAACGUUUCGUGUUGAUAAAGCUGGUCUGCGGAUCUAUGCCGUCGGCGAUGUGGCAUCCGCGGCAAGGCCAGCCGUGCAUAAUAUUCUCGGCGCCAUUCCCGUCCUCUGUACAAACAUCAAGCGUGAUCUGCUCUUGGACUCUGGGAAGCAGAAAAGUUCCGUGGGGGAGGAUCGAGAAUUCAAAGAGGAUACCCGUGAGAUGCAGCUGGUACCGAUCGGGAAGAGUAAGGGAGUCGGUGCCGGGAUGGGGUAUCAGGUACCCAGCUUUUUUGUAUGGUUGAUCAAAGGCCGGGAUUACUGGCUCUGGUCGGUAGGCAACUUGUGGAGUGGGAAGCAGUGGGCGAAAGAGUCUUGA